CUGUUCUGUUCCCACUCCCAAAGGCUGGUGUGUGACGGCCACACUCUGGAAUGACGUCCCAGAAGUCCGGGCGGGCAAAGGACAAGGUGUCCCAAGAGUCCUCCGACAAAGGCGUGACCUUCUCAGCCUCCAGCUCCUGGGCUAGGAAGAAAACCACUGGUCCUGCGGGUCCAAGCUACAGCCCGGCCUUGUCAAGUGCCGCGUCCCGAAGGGGGGUCAGCCAGACGCCCCCAAACCCAGAAGCAAUGGCAGCCCCGCUCAGCCUCAGGGGCCUUGUGGCCGCACGCAGGCUCACACGAGAGCUCAAGAAUCGGACAUCUUUGAGAAGUCCGUCACGUCCCCAAGGGAGCCAUGGACAGCCUCUCAGACUCAUCCAAGAUCAGGUCCCCCUGUGGUCAGCCAGGCCAGAAGUGAAGUUUCCUUACGCCCGAGCGGAGGAGCUGAUACAGGCCCACCUGCACUCCAGGCUGGCUGGUGUGGUCUACCACCCCGCUCAGUGUGCCCACCUGGCCACCGUGCUGAGCGCUGAGAUCCGGGAGCUGGUCAAGACUGUUACCCCACCCCGCUACAAGCUAGUGUGCUGUGUCAGCAUUGGGAGCAAGGGGCAGGAUGACAUCGUGGUCUCCAGCCAGAGCCUGUGGGACCCCCAUGCAGACAGCUUUGCCGCUUCCCACUAUGUGAACCCCACGCUCUUCUGCAUUGCGCUGGUGCACGCCAUCUAUGUGGAGUGAGCCCUGAGUGAUGGGGCGGCGUUGGGGAGGGGUGGUGGGGGUCCUUAUCCUAAGUGAUGAUUCCGAAAUGCAGUCAGGAGCCGGGCGUGGUGGCGCACGCCUUUGAUCCCAGCACUCGGGAGGCAGAGGUGGGAGGAUCG